ACAAUAACAGAGGAAAACUUUCUUCUUUUUCCUUUUAUUUUUAUUAACCUGCAGAAGCAACAGAGAAUUGUGAAAAUCAACAGAACAACAAGAACCAUAAAACUGCCUGCCUCUCUCCCUCUCUCUGCAAAACAAAAACAAGGGGAAGUUUCUCUUGAAGAUUUGAGCUUAGGGACUGUGGACAUAACAGCCUCAUGACUUCUUCCGUGCAUGAUCUUUCUGAUAAUAGUGAAGCUGGUGAGCAAAAACACUCAGAACCCCAGGUACAGACUUCUUCUCCUGCAAAUGCACUGGCACACCCUGGCAUCUCACCUCCAAAUUUUCAGUGUGCAACUCCACAGCUUGGAGCAGGACAUGCUAUGGCACCGGCAGCUUACCCAUAUCCAGAUCCUUAUUAUAGAAGCAUCUUUGCUCCAUAUGAUGCUCAGCCAUAUGCUCCACAGCCCUAUGGUGCACAACCGAUGGUCCAUCUUCAAUUGAUGGGAAUUCAGCAAGCUGGAGUUCCUUUGCCAUCUGAUGCUGUUGAGGAACCUGUGUUUGUUAAUGCAAAACAGUAUCAUGGUAUCUUGAGACGACGGCAAUCUCGUGCAAAAGCUGAAUUAGAGAACAAAGCAAUCAAGUCUCGGAAGCCAUACUUGCAUGAAUCUCGACAUCAGCAUGCACUAAAAAGAGCUAGAGGAUGUGGGGGUCGGUUUCUCAAUUCGAAGAAAAAAGAGAAUCAACAACAGAAUGACAUGGCCCCAGGUGACAAACCGCAAUCUAAUAUCAAUCUUAAUGCCAAUAAAAAUGAUAUUGCUUCCUUGGAUGACAAGUCUUGAUACAGUGGAAGCGAUGGUGUUGCGUGCGAUUAGCUCAGAAAACAGUUAUUCGUAGAAUGGGGAUUCAGGAAACCCAUAGCCCUAUAGUGCCAGUAUUUCUUUAUUGUGGCUCUACCUACGAGUCAUCAGUAUGUAUAGCGUUUUCCAGUAGUUGGUUUGUAGGAUGUUGCAAAGAUGAAGUAGACUGUAAUUAAGAGGUGUUCAUCAUUAUCUUUGCUCCAGUGGAUUUUUUCCAGUUGCUGCGCUUUCUUCAUGAGGAGAAUGAUGGUUAAGUUUGCUUGCUUUUAUGAAGCGGUGAGGCUUAAGACUUCUCUGCACAAAAUUGGAGUGAUGUUAAUUAGCUGGGUGGGUUAUGUUUCAUUAGCUUAGUGAAAAUCUUGAUUUGCUGUUUCUAUGCACAAUCAGAGCCCUUUCAUUACUUGUUAUUUUUCGACUUAUCGAAUAAGAUGGAUGGUUUGACAGAUAUUGGUGUG